UAUGAUUCAGCCGGCGAUGUGCGGUUAUCACAAACUAUAGAUUUUGCAAACUUUAACUAUUUUUUGGUUUUACAAAGUACCUAUACGAUAAAGGAAAGAAACUUUAUUACGAAAAUGUCACAAGCGGAGAUAUCUUGUGGUUUAGAUUUUAAUAUUACACCAGAUCUGCAAGCAUGUCUUACUGAAGCAUUGCAUUGUAAUUACUCGUUUAUUGUCGCACCGAUAGUCCACCCACGUUUACGAAGGCAGUACAUUGUGGGCAGCAGCAAAACUGGCGGGUUUACUCGGUCGGAUAUGAUAUUAUCGCCGCAGGACUGGACUGUCAGGCUAGUCGGCAAGCUGUCUCCAUAUUUGAAUGUAGAUUCUCCGUCGUCGAUAGUAAGGCAGAAACAUGAGGACUGUUUAAAUGAGGAGCUCUCGUACUGUAGAGGUCUCGGAGUACCUGCAAUUAUGCUAAAGCUACAUGGGCGGCAAACCAAUAAUCUUUCUAGAAUUCUUCAAACAUACUAUGAAACUAGUUACCAUUUGUCCCUCACAUGGGUACAUGUCCCUAUGGUAUGCAACAGAACAUUGAGAGAAUUCACAAGUACCAGUAAUGAGGAUGAAGCAGCAUGGAAUGAACCUUGGCAUUGGUGGUCAAGUUUCCAUGAGCGAAUGGAUUGGGAUAAACGAGUUGGAGUAGUGUUGGAGCUGUCAGCAGAUUUGCCUUCACAAGAAGUAAUUAAGAGGUGGCUUGGAGAACCAGUUAAAGCCAUAAUUGUACCCACAAGUAUAUUUCACAAUAAUAAGAAAGGUUUUCCAGUGUUAUCUCGAGCACAUCAGCAAGUUGUAGUUAGCAUGGUGGAGCGUGAGGCUCAAGUCAUCGUUAGUGGUGCCCGGAGGUCUAAUGUACAAUUCUACUUGCAAUACUUGUACAGAGUAUGGAAGAGACAACCAAAUUCUUCAAAUGAUCCAAUGCUGAGCUAUGCUAAAGGAUGGGAAGACUACUUACAAACACCUCUGCAACCUCUUGCUGAUAACUUGGAUACUCAUACAUACAAUGUAUUUGAAAAAGAUCCUGUCAAGUAUGAUCAAUAUCAGAGGGCAAUAGCACAUGCUCUUAUUGGUCUGAAAACAGCUGAUUUGCAAACUCAAAUAACAAAUAAUUUACCCAAAGAUCUGUCAUUGUCUGAGUAUCAAACAAAUGAAAUAGGACAGGGUGACCAUUCUCGACCCGACAAAGUUUAUACAGUAAUGGUGCUAGGCGCUGGCCGAGGGCCACUAGUUAGAGCUACUUUAAAUGCAGCUGAUGUCACCAAAACUAAAGUGAAGGUGAUAGCUGUGGAAAAAAAUCCCUGCGCUGUAGUGGUGUUGGCUGCGCAGACGCGGGAAGUGUGGCGCGGGCGCGACGUGGUGGUCGUGCCCGGGGACAUGCGACAACUCAACCUGUCGCCAAAAGCAGAUAUCAUCGUCUCUGAAUUAUUAGGUUCAUGGGGCGACAACGAAUUAUCACCAGAAUGUCUGGACGGCGCAAACGGCCUCUUGAAGCCAGGCGGUAUAUCAAUACCUUGUAGAUAUAACUCGUAUGUGGCCCCAAUAUCGUCUCCGAGACUAUGGGCCGCGGCUAAGGUAGCUUCCACAGGAGCCGCAAACUCAAAAGAUAAAAAUCUUGAGACAUUAUGGGUUGUCUACAUGCAAAAUAAACAUGAUAUCGCCGAUACAAAGUUACUAUUUACAUUUGACCAUCCAGCGAAAAGUGUACAGGAUAGCGACGGUCAAGAAAUAUCGGAUUUCCGAGGAUUACUACUCACAGACAAUAGAAGAUCUGCCACACUUUCAUGGCAAGUCGCACAGGAUAAUGUGAUGCAUGGUUUUGGAGGAUAUUUUGAUUGUUUAUUGUAUGGAAAUGAAAUGAUUAGCAUUGUACCUACUACACACAGUCCAGGAAUGAUAUCCUGGUUUCCAGUGUUUAUUCCAAUCAAGUUUAUUUUUGUUGUAGACUCCCCUACGAGUUCAAAAGGGACAAGUAAUAACUGCCACAUUUUGGCGUUGUGUGGAUUCUCGGAGAGUAUGGUAUGAAUGGGUGGUAGAAGUUGGCAAUCGCACCACACCUCUGCACAAUGCCAAUGGUCGUAGCUCUCAAAUGCUGUUAUGAUUUAAGAAUAUAUUUUGAUAGGAAAGAAACACAAUAAAUUGGUGUAAAAAUUAA